GCUUGCCAUAACUUAUGGCAUAAGAUCGAGAAGAAGAUUCAUGCGAAGACUGUACGGAUUUCUAAAAACGAAACAGAUCUUAUUUGAAAAUCAGGAAAUACGGUUUCCAACUCUAUUAAAACCAAAAUAUAUUUAUAAUAGAUAAUUUUUAGUUGAUUUAUGAAUUUUCAAGCCAGCGGGAAGCUGGAAAUUUAAGCAAUCUGAGAAGGAAAAGAAGACGACCGGGCGGAAAAACCUUGCACAAAUCUGAAUAGGUGGGACAACGAACUAAGCUACGGUCAUUCAAACAUUGCGACAAGUGCGAGAGAAAACUAGAAAGAUGAAGGCGUCGAUUGUGGUCUGCUCCGUUUUCAUCGUGAGUUUAUCAGGUGUGAUAGAAGCAGCAUUUGGCUUUGGAAAAAGUGACCGAGUGCGGCUGGAAGACAUCUCAGUACUGACCCUCAAACAUGGGAAGAUGACGACGGGAAGGAGAUCAAGUCCAGUAAAACAGCUACAAUGUGUUGGUGGUUCCGCUGCCCAUGCAUUCACCCCACAGGUUGUACAGUGUUAUAACAGAGGAUCCGACGGGUAUGAUGUUCAGUGGGAAUGUAAGACUGACAUGGAUAAUGCCUAUCGCUUUGGUCAGAUCGAGGUCAUUUGUGAGGGAUACUCCUCGCCAGACGAUGAAUACAUUCUCAAAGGAUCGUGUGGCCUGGAAUACACACUUGAAUACACAAAGGAAGGUAUGAACCAGAAGAACAGCGGAGGGAACUAUCACAGUUACUAUGGCAACGAUGAUGGAUCUUAUGACAACUACUAUAACCAAAGCCGGCAGAAAUCUGGGAAGACGGAUUGGUUAUUCCUCGCCAUCGUUGCAGUCUUGAUGUACGUUAUCUACAGAACCUGCAUUGCCAGUACACCCAAUGAAUCGGGCACCGCUGGCAGCGAUGACGGUUACCCAGGCCAGAGAGGGACAGGAUUUGGGCCAGGGGGUGGUGGAGGCGCACCCCCUCCACCGGGCUUCAGGGACGAUGGGUACUCUGGAGGCAGCUGUAGCGGUACUCAAGGGCACUCAUCAGGGUACACCAGGGGUGCGGGGACUGGUGGAGGGGGUCUUGGUGGGGGUGGAUUCUGGACCGGUGCUGCUGCCGGGGGUCUGCUUGGCUAUCUCUUUGGUGGAAACAGAAAUCGUGGCUAUGGAUACGGGGGCUAUGGCAGGCCGAGGUAUGGCUACACUGCUCCAAGGUACAAUAGCGGAUUCUCCUCAGGCUGGGGUAGCAGUAGCAGGAGCAGCGGUUUCUCAGGGUUUGGUGGUGGGGGAAGUUCAGGCACAAGAACUGCUUCAGGUUUUGGUGGGACGAGAAGACGAUGAGACAUAAUUGAAUCAUCCAUGAUAGGUCAGCAUUUUUAUUUCAGUGUGUGUCACAACCUUCACUUGUGUGAUAGCGCCCUCGCUCUAAUCAUUGGGUAAUUUAACGUGGUUCAUACUCUAUAUGCGCUCUUUCUACAAGCAGGCGGUCUACUUCUCAAGCCGUAUCACAACAUCAUGGCUGAACCCACUUGGUCUACUAG